AUGCCUUCCAAAAGCCAGACCUCACCGCCCAUACCCACGUCUGAGGCCCUUGACGCAGGAGUCGUGAAGGGGUUUUUCGCUCAACUCAAGUUGUUGACUUCCACGGCCGGUUUCGAUACUAUUUUAGCUGUCCACGAUGAAAACACAAAAUUACGCAGCCAGCUUGAAUCCAAGGAUCUUGAGCUUGCAAAAGUUAAAGAGGAGAUGAACGAGCAGAAAAAGAAGAAGGAAACAGCGCUUAGUGAAAUGUUUGAAAUCAAUGAAAAAGAAAAGGGAGGGCAUAAAGCAACAAAAGAACAGGUACUGUCGCUUCAGAAGGUUAUCGUUGACAAAGAUAAGUGCAUUUUAGAGCGCGAUAAAGCCACGAACGAACUUGAGAAGCAGGUGAAGAAACUUCAUCUAGAGAAUGCAGAGGAGAAGGAAAAGCUAGCAAAUGCUGAACAAAACAUCAAUACUUUACAGCAAAGGAUUCAGGACAAGGAAUCCACCAUCAAUAAGAUGAAGUCAGCGGGUUCAGAAUUGAAGGAGAAGCUAAAUGCUUCUAAAAAAAGAGUCAAAGAGCUGGAAGAUGAGACUGCUUCUCUCAAAGGGUCGCUAGCGACAACCCAAGCACAGCUCACAAAGCUGGAGAGCUUCGCUGUUGGAUACAAUGAGACAAAUGAAGACUCAGUGUAA